AUGGACAAGUUGAAGUGCCCGAGCUUCUUCAAGUGCAGAGGGAAGGAGAAAGUGACAGCUUCAUCUGAGAAUUUCCAUGUUGGUGAAAACGAUGAGAAUCAGGACCGUGGUAACUGGUCCAAAAAAUCGGAUUAUCUUCUAUCUAUGGUUGGAUAUGCAGUGGGCCUGGGAAAUGUGUGGAGAUUCCCCUAUCUGACCUACAACAAUGGCGGAGGUGCCUUCUUGAUACCUUACGCGAUCAUGCUCGCGCUGGCUGGUUUACCCUUGUUCUUUCUGGAGUGUUCACUGGGACAGUUUGCUAGCUUAGGUCCAGUUUCAGUUUGGAGGAUUCUUCCAUUGUUUCAAGGUGUGGGAAUUACGAUGGUCCUGAUAUCCAUUUUUGUGACAAUCUAUUACAAUGUCAUAAUUGCCUAUAGUCUUUUCUACAUGUUUGCUUCUUUUCAAAGUGAGCUACCAUGGAAAAAUUGUUCGGUUUGGGCAGAUGAUAACUGUAGCAGGUCGCCUAUAGUUACUCAUUGUAAUGUGAGUACAACGAUGGGGGACAUCAUCCGAGUAAAUAAAAGCUGGUUAAGCACCCACAAUUUGACCUGCAUCAAUGGAAGUGAGGCUUAUCAGCCAGGACAGCUUCCCAGUGAACAAUAUUGGAACAAAGUGGCGCUCCAGCGGUCAAGUGGAAUGGAUGAGACUGGGGUAAUUGUGUGGUAUUUAGCACUUUGUCUUCUUCUGGCUUGGCUCAUAGUCGGAGCAGCGCUAUUUAAAGGAAUCAAGUCUUCUGGCAAGGUGGUAUAUUUUACAGCGAUUUUCCCCUAUGUCGUCCUACUCAUCCUGUUAAUCCGAGGUGCGACUCUGGAGGGUGCGUCGAAAGGCAUUUCAUACUAUAUUGGAGCACAGUCAAACUUUACCAAACUCCGGGAAGCUGAGGUUUGGAAAGACGCGGCCACUCAAAUAUUUUACUCCCUUUCGGUGGCUUGGGGCGGCUUAGUUGCUCUAUCAUCUUACAAUAAGUUCAAUAACAACUGCUUCUCAGAUGCUAUUGUGGUUUGUUUGACGAACUGCCUCACGAGCGUGUUCGCCGGAUUUGCUAUUUUUUCUAUAUUGGGACACAUGGCUCAUAUAUCGGGAAAGGAGGUCUCUCAAGUUGUAAAAUCAGGUUUUGAUCUGGCGUUCAUUGCUUAUCCAGAAGCUCUAGCCCAACUCCCAGGUGGGCCAUUUUGGUCCAUAUUAUUUUUCUUCAUGCUUUUGACUUUGGGUCUCGACUCUCAGUUUGCAUCCAUUGAAACGAUUACAACAACGAUCCAAGAUUUAUUUCCCAAAGUGAUGAAGAAAAUGAGGGUUCCUAUAACUUUGGGUUGCUGCUUGGUGCUGUUUCUCCUUGGUCUCGUCUGUGUGACUCAGGCUGGAAUUUACUGGGUUCAUCUGAUUGACCACUUCUGUGCUGGAUGGGGCAUUUUGAUUGCGGCUAUACUGGAAAUAAUAGGAAUCAUCUGGAUUUACGGUGGGAACAGAUUCAUUGAAGAUAUAGAAAUGAUGAUUGGAGCAAAAAGGUGGAUAUUCUGGCUUUGGUGGAGAGCUUGCUGGUUUGUCAUUACACCUCUUCUUCUGAUUGCAAUCUUGAUCUGGUCAUUGGUGAAAUUUCAUAGGCCUAACUAUGCCAAAAUUCCGUACCCUGACUGGGGAGUUGCUCUAGGCUGGUGUAUGAUUAUUUUCUGCAUUAUUUGGAUUCCAAUUAUGGCCGUCGUAAAAAUAAUUCAAGCUGAAGGAACUAUCUUCCAACGCAUCGUAAGCUGUUGUAGACCAGCUUCUAACUGGGGUCCGUACCUGGAACGACAUCGUGGGGAGAGAUACAAAGACAUGAUAGAUCCUAAAAAAGAGACUGACCAUGAAAUACCUACUGUCAGCGGCAGUAGAAAACCAGAAUGA